AUGGCUACCACGGCGCCGCCCAAGGCCAAGCACGACUGGGCCGACGACGACGACAACGAGGAGACGUCGACCGAGCUGCCUCCUCCCCAGACCAUCUCCAACAAGGAUGGGACGAAGACGAUCAUCACAUACCGCUACAACGACGAGGGCCAAAAAGUGAAGACGACGCGUCGGGUCCGGUACGUCACCCACACGGAGACGGUCAACCCCCGCGUCGCCGACCGAAAGACGUGGAGCAAGUUCGGCCAGAGCGCCAAGGAUGGCGCCGGACCGGCGCCCGACACGACGUCGGUGGGCGAGAACAUCAUCUUCCGGCCGAGCGUCAACUGGCGCAAGGACGCCAAGGACGAGAGCCAGGACCCCAACGCCAAGCAGAUGAAGGACAAGUUGAAGGACAAGCAGGUCAAGUGCCGCAUCUGCAACGGCGAACAUUUCACAGCCCGAUGUCCCUACAAGGACACCAUGGCACCCAUCGGCGAGAGCGGUGCGGCCGACGUCGCCGCCGGCAUGGGCGACGAGCCGAGCGCCGGGGCCGCCGGUGCCGGCAAGAAGGGCUCCUACGUCCCUCCGGCCAUGCGUGGGGGCGCCGGCGCGGCCGGCGAGCGGAUGGGCUCCAAGUACGGCGAACGGGACGACCUCGCGACGCUGCGCGUCACCAACGUCUCCGAGAUGGCAGAGGAAGGCGAGCUGCGGGACAUGUUCGAGCGCUUCGGCCGCGUCACGAGGGUCUUCCUCGCCAAGGACCGGGACACGGGCAUGGCCAAGGGAUUCGCCUUCAUCAGCUUCGCCGACCGCGGCGACGCCGUCAAGGCCUGCAGCAAGAUGGACGGUUUCGGUUUCAAGCAUCUCAUUCUCAGGGUCGAGUUUGCCAAGAAGGCUGCGUGA